GAUUGCAAUAGAAAGGACGAAGGGAAAACGUGCUGUGGUGUGUUUGAAAAUGGAGGCCGAACUAUACGAUGAGUUUGGAAAUUACAUUGGCCCAGAGUUGGAGAGCGAAGAAGAAAGUGAAGGGGAAGAUGCUGAGGAAGAGUUAGUGCAAGAUGCAGAUGAAGACGAUGAAAUGCGAGAUGAUGGGAUGGAAGAGGCCGAACCAGAAAUGGCGGUCGUUUUACACGAAGAUAAGAAGUAUUACCCAACGGCGGAAGAGGUAUACGGGCCUGAAGUUGAAACACUUGUUCAAGAAGAAGACGAGCAGCCCUUGACAGAGCCAAUUAUUAAGCCUGUUGUGAAGAAGAAAUUUGCUUUGAUUGAGCAAGAACUUCCAACAACUGUUUACAGCAUGGAGUUUUUGGCUGAUCUAAUGGACACUCCAGACCUAAUACGUAAUGUUGCUUUAGUAGGAAAUCUGCAUUCUGGCAAGACAACUUUUGUUGAUUCCCUGUUUGAGCAAACCCAUGCUGAUCUGCGGGCAAAGGAUGGCAGGGAUCUGUCAUACACUGACACCCUUGUUAUUGAGAAAGAACGACAGCUGAGCAUAAAAUCAACACCAGUUACAUUCGUCCUUCAAGACUGUAAAGACAAAUCACAUUUGAUAAACAUUUUUGAUGUCCCUGGUCAUGUGAAUUUUUCUGAUGAAAUGACUGCAGCGUUUCGACUAUGUGAUGGGGCUGUCAUUUUUGUUGAUGCAGCGGAAGGUGUCAUGAUGAAUGUGGAGCGAGCCCUGAAGCAUGCAGUGCAAGAACGACUAAAGGUUACAAUAUGCAUCAACAAGAUAGACCGCCUGAUUCUAGAGUUGAAGCUGCCACCAACUGAUGCCUAUUAUAAACUGAAACAUAUAAUAGAUGAAGUGAAUUCUCUUCUUAAUGUGUAUGCUGAAGGAACUGAUGACACCAUCGUUUCCCCUCUACUGGGAAAUGUCUGCUUUGCAAGUUCACAAUACAGAUUCUGCUUUACUUUGCAAUCAUUUGCAAAACUUUACUGUGAUACCUUUGGUGGAGGAAUUCACUACAAUGACUUUGCCAAGCGCCUGUGGGGGGACAUAUACUUCAACCAGAAGACUCGUAAGUUUACUAAAAAAGCCCCUCUCAGUACUUCUCCAAGAAGCUUUGUUGAAUUCAUUCUAGAGCCACUGUAUAAACUGUUUGCCCAAGUAGUAGGGGAUGUUGAUACAACACUACCUAAAGCAUUAGAGGAGCUUGGUAUCCAUCUGAGCAAGACAGAAUUGAAAAUGAACAUACGUCCACUGAUGAGGCUUGUUUGUAGUAGGUUUUUUGGAGAAUUCACUGGUUUUGUUGACAUGGUUGUUCGCCAUGUUCCAUCUCCUGCUGCUGCUGCUGAAACGAAGGUAGAUCAUAUUUACACUGGGCCAAAAGAUUCAGAAAUAAGUGACUCGAUGAUCUACUGUGAUUCUGACGGCAUUUUGAUGGUGCAUACAAGCAAGCUGUAUGCUACUGAAGAUGGCAUACAGUUCCAUGCAUUUGGUCGUGUUAUGAGUGGAACUCUGCAUGCAGGCCAGCAAGUAAAGGUCCUUGGUGAAGGGUAUACGAUUGAUGAUGAGGAAGAUUCAAGAGUCAGUCUUGUUGGCAGACUGUGGAUCAAUGAAGCAAGGUAUAAAGUAGAGGUCAAUCGUGUGCCAGCUGGGAACUGGGUUCUAAUCGAAGGAAUUGAUGAGCUCAUUGUAAAAACGGCUACAAUUACAAGCAUGAAAGGAUCUGAAGAUGUUCACAUAUUUAGGCCAUUAAAGUUUAACACAACCUCUGUGAUCAAAGUCGCUGUUGAGCCUGUCAACCCGUCAGAGCUUCCAAAAAUGUUGGAUGGACUGAGAAAAAUCAACAAAAGUUAUCCUUUGAUAACAACAAAGGUGGAAGAGUCUGGUGAGCAUAUUAUUCUUGGUACAGGAGAACUUUAUAUGGAUUGUGUAAUGCAUGAUCUGCGUAAAAUGUAUUCUGAUAUUGAUAUCAAGGUAGCUGAUCCAGUAGUCACAUUCUGUGAAACUGUUGUUGAAACAUCAUCCUUGAAGUGUUUUGCUGAGACGCCAAAUAAGAAGAACAAGUUAACCAUGAUUUCAGAACCGUUAGAGAAAGGUCUUGCAGAAGACAUUGAAGCUGGCAAAGUCCAAAUUUCAUGGGACAAAAAGCGUCUUGGAGAGUUCUUCCAAACAAAGUAUGACUGGGACUUGUUAGCUGCCAGAUCAAUUUGGGCUUUUGGCCCUGAUGCAGCUGGCCCAAACAUACUUGUAGAUGACACACUACCAAGUGAAGUUGACAAGAAUCUGCUUAAUUCUGUGCGGGACUACAUUGUACAGGGGUUCCAGUGGGGCACGAGAGAAGGGCCUCUUUGUGAUGAGCCAAUAAGAAAUGUCAAGUUCAAGAUCCUUGAUGCUGGAAUCGCAAUGGAGCCAAUUCACAGAGCAGGUGGCCAGAUCAUUCCAACAUCAAGAAGAGUAGCAUACUCUGCAUUUCUACUGGCAACACCUCGACUGAUGGAGCCAUACUACUAUGUAGAAGUGCAAGCACCAGCAGAUUGUGUGUCAUCAGUUUACACUGUGCUGGCAAAGCGAAGAGGUCAUGUCACUCAAGAUGCGCCCAUUCCUGGCUCUCCAUUGUAUACCAUAAAGGCGUUUAUUCCAGCUAUUGAUUCAUUUGGUUUUGAAACAGAUCUUCGUACACACACGCAAGGCCAGGCCUUUUGCCUGUCAGUCUUCCAUCAUUGGCAGAUUGUACCCGGAGAUCCACUGGAUAAAAGCAUUAUUAUACGUCCACUUGAUAUCCAACCAGCCACACAUCUUGCAAGAGAGUUCAUGAUUAAAACACGAAGAAGAAAGGGCCUAAGUGAAGAUGUAAAUAUUGACAAGUUCUUUGAUGAUCCUAUGUUGUUGGAGCUUGCAAGACAAGAUGUCAUUCUUAGUUAUCCCAUGUGAAGAAGUACUUUUUAUAAAGAAUUAACGUCAUCAAAAGGCAUGGAAAAGCUGCAAGCUUUUUGUGCAAGUUUCAUGUAUUUCAUCCAAGAUAAAGAUCUAUUCAACAAGGCCAGUGUCAAACUAUUCGAUACGUCAUCAGCUGGUGAAUUGGACAGUUUUUUUAAUGGAAUCAGAACGUUUAUUAACGUUGCAGUGGGGUUUAGUGUCAUAUUUCUGAAGAUAUAUCGAUGAAGUAGCUGUUUUAAAACAAUAUAGAUGGACAUCAAGUUAUUGUAUUUAUUUGAUGUAAAAUUACCUCCCCAUUUUGAAAGAGAUCUUUACACUUGACGUGCAAAAAUGAAAUAGCUAUCAACAAGCUUUACUAGCAAAUUAUAGUUCUUAUUAAUCGAGUCCAUUGGUUGAACAUCAAAAUCGUUGUUGCUAGAGAAAUAAGUUUGCUUUCAAUUUGUGUACUUUACAUCAUCAACCUAGCUUGGCUCUUGUCCUUCAUUUCCUGGUUCAAUGAUUUAAGUAUUGGGAGUGAUUCCAUUUAACUUGAAUUAACGUUGAAGAAAUAUCUGGUUUCUAUAAUAUAAUUCGUUAUCUUGA